AGCUUUCAAUGGACCCCGAUGACGGCUAACUCAAGGGCCUCAAACGGUUUGCGACCCAAACAGGAAAACAUUCGGAUCCUCAGGUCGAUUUCAGACAAAUUGUGGGAAAAUGCCAAAAGUUAAGAGAAGUCGUAAGCCACCUCCAGACGGCUGGGAACUCAUUGAGCCUACUUUGGAUGAGUUGGAUCAAAAAAUGAGGGAAGCUGAAACGGAACCUCAUGAGGGUAAAAGAAAAGUGGAAGCGCUUUGGCCGAUUUUCAGACUGCAUCAUCAGCGGAGCCGAUACAUCUACGAUCUGUUCUUCAAACGAAAGGCUAUCAGCAGAGAGCUGUACGAAUAUUGCAUCAAAGAAGGUUACGCUGACAAGAACCUGAUUGCCAAGUGGAAGAAGCAGGGCUAUGAGAACCUUUGCUGCCUCCGUUGCAUCCAGACACGAGACACCAACUUUGGAACUAACUGUAUUUGCAGAGUUCCAAAAAGCAAGCUGGAAGUUGGAAGGAUCAUUGAAUGCACCCACUGUGGAUGCAGAGGAUGUUCAGGUUAAGUGUAGGACAUCAACACUUGUCUAGCCUCCAUCUUUGCUGUCACACCUGCUUCAAAAAUGUUUCCUUAUUUUGGACAACGUCAUUCCCAACAGUCGUAACCGGCUCAGUUCACUGAAAGGGGCCUUUCUGUAUUUGCUACAGCUGUUUUUAUGACUGUUUUAUUGUCUAAAACCCUUAUCUUCAAUACCUCUGAAGAUUGUUGUCUUUAAGUGUUUCAGUAGUGAUCUGUGUUUUCAUUCAAAGAGAGCGGGAUGUGAAUUGAUUUUUGUUUUUAAAACCUCUUUUGUUGGGGAUAAUUUGAAUAAAAGUUCUGAAUAACC